AUGUAUUUCUCUGUUCGUGAACAUUUUCUGCGCCACAACGAGUUUCAAGUAGCACCGAUAAAUUUGAAGGAAAUAGCACUGAGGAAUCUAAAGGAAGUAGCACUGAAGAAUUUGAAGGAAUUUGUACUAAGGAAUCUAAAGAUGAUUGGUGGAGGGGGAGGGGUGUUGGAGAAGGAUGGUAUCGUAAUCGAUAUUCUGUUGUUGUGGGAAUGUCAUGAAAAAUGUUUAGAUUUUUAUGGAAUUAUUAACUUACAUGGAUUUACGAAAAAUCCAGAUACUUUGAAUUAUAUGAUGGUAAUGGAUUAUGCAAAUAAAGAUUUAAUGAAAAAAUGUUGGAAUGACGAUCCGUUAAAAAGGCCAACUGCAUUAGAAGUGAAAGUUAUCAUUGGAAGUUGGAUUUUCCAUCCUUAUGGUGAUGAAAUUAAUGAAGAAUUAAAAAGCCAUAUUAUGGAAUUUAUAAAUGCACCAAUUGGGCAUAACAAUCUUGCUAUUGCUGAACCUCAUCCACAAGCAUGUUAUGCAAGUCGCUUACUUGAUUUUACUAGUGAAAAAGUGAAUGAAAUUCUAGAAAGUGAAUGUUUGGAUUGCAUGGUUAAUGAUAUGGAAUCAUUGGAUAUGUAA